UUUUAGAUUCACUUACAGGCACGCACAGAGAAACACUCACACACACUCUCUCACACUCUCUCUCUCUCUCUCUCACACUCUCUCUCUCUCUCUCUCACACUCUCUCUCUCUCUCUCUCACUCUUUCUCUCUCUCUCUCUCUCUCUCUCUCUCACUCUCUCUCUCUCUCUCUCUCUCUCUCUCUCACACUCUCUCUCUCUCUGUGUGAUCGAUGCUGUUAGUUCCUCGUCUGCACGCUGGAGGCUUGACAUCGGAUUAGCUCUGUAUUCAGUGUGCGCACAGACGCUCUCUCUCUCUCUCUCUCUCUCGCUCUCAUACACACACACACACACACACACACACACACCGGACACAGACAUGAGUGCAGGGGACGUGGUGUGUACUGGAUGGCUGGUUAAAUCCCCACCGGAGAAAAAGCUCAAGAGAUAUGCAUGGAGGAAGCGAUGGUUCGUCCUCCGGCGUGGACGGAUGAGUGGAGAUCCCGAUGUUCUUGAGUAUUUUCGCAGUAAGACUUCUCGAAAGCCUAUUCGCUCCAUUGACCUGCAGGAAUGUGAGGUGGCGGCAGAGGCGGAGUCAGGCCGGGAGCUGGAGUGGGGGGCGUGGCCUGUCAAAAGGCACCUGGCCAAUCAGCACUUGUUUGUGGUGAAGACGUCAUCACGUGUGUUCUACCUGCUGGCCAAGACGGCCGAGGAGAUGAACUGCUGGGUGAGGAACAUCGGGCAGAUCUGUACCUUCAGCACUUUCAACCACAGCACAGAAUCGAUGGACAGUCUGGCCCACACUCCCUCCUCCCAUCAGCCCUCCCCCGUGCUCUCCACCCACGCCACCUUCUCAGCCAAUCAGGACGCACCGGCUACUGAAUCAGACUCGGCGGUCAGAGAGGAGCCCAGCGAAUUGGAAGCUAGCAUUCCGCUGGAUUAUCUCUUCCUGUCUCAGUGUGAAACUGGCAGGAGGAACAUGACCAGGUGUGACAGCAUGUCGAACUCGGAGCGCUCGUUUGAGCAAAGUUCGUUUGAGAACGUGACCGAUGACGUGUUCAGUCCUUCUGCGUGUUUAGACUCCGCCCCCUCGCCCUUCAGUGCCCCGUCUGGGACGCGCUCGUUAGCAUCGUGCCCCGUUCGCAGCCCUGGUGAUGUGUUCCGAUUCGACAGCCCCUUUUGUGCCACGCCCCCUCCUCUCCCGCCAAAACCCUCACACAUGUCCGAUCACCACGGUCACGAGGAGGCUGUGCGUAACCAGGGGCAACUGGGGCUCCUCCCUCGCAGGACGUCUCUAUCUGGUGGGGAGCAUUUUAGAAGAGGAGAUUUUGAUUUCAGCUUGAGAGGAAACUGGAACAAAAGACUGAGUCUGAAUCUGACGCGUCUGGUCAACACUCCCUCUGAGAGCCAAUCAGACGACUCCUCUUACGUUCCCAUGGCGUCUCCACCGGUCAGUUCCCCCAAAACCGAAGUGGACGGCUACAUACCCAUGAGUCCGAACACGCUUCCUGUUUCACUGUUGACCAAUGGGAAACCAGAUUCACCUCUUCCUCCGGCCCCUGAUAUGGAGCCUCCUCCAAUCAACCGCAGCCUGAAGCCAAGGAGGCGGGUGAAACCGCCGCCCCUCGAUUUGUCCACCAUUAGCGAAUGCCCCACCCACCUCCCUCUAAUCCGCACCAUGACCGAACCAAGUGCCUCACCUCUCUGUGUGCCAUGGGAUAGAGGGCGGGGCUUAAACGGCAGCGAUCAGGAAGGGAGCGGCACGCCUACGUCCUUGUUCUCUACAUGUGACUCCGCCCCCUUUUUCCGGACCUCUUAUCUGGAUUACCUGUCGCUGGAUUUUAACUCCGCCUCCCCCUCACCUGUCCAAAAGAAACCUCUGCUGGACGAGCAACGCGUGGACUACGUUCAGGUGGACGAGAAGAAGACGCAGGCGCUGCAGAACACCAGGACGGAGUGGAAGGACAGCCGGCAGCCAAAAGUGUGACGGGGGACAAAGGACAAAAAAUCAUCAGAGUCGCUACAGAAGAUCAGUGUGUAGUGUGAAGAUAAAGACCUGCAUCUGCUCUCCGAGUCACGCCCAGGAUCGGAGCACAAGCACUGAAGGAAUAAAUAAUAAUAAUAAUUAUAUGAUUAGGAUAAUAAUCACACCUUUUCAGAUUCAGGUACAAAAUCGUUCCACUGUGAAAGAUCUUCAGAGGCUUCAGAGCGAGGCUUCUGCUGAUACACAACUUCUGAUGUGUCCAGUCCUGAGAUCUGGGAUGCUUUCAGAACUCCACUGUGGACGAAGAGGACAUACACAAAAACCCAGAAGAGACGAGUUCUGGCUGGACGAAGUGUCCGUCACUGUAAUAUUCUGUGUGUUAAUAAUGUGUGUGUUCAGUACUACUGAGUGUUUGUUACUUUAAUCAGAUCUACAUCAGCAUCAGGACAGUGUGGACUGUGAGGUCUGUCUGGAUGUCUGAACUGUCUGCACUUUCUGGAUGUCUGGAUUGUCAGUGGUGUGCACUGUGUGGACUAUGAGGUCUGUCUGGAUGUCUGGACUUUGUGGACUGUCUGGAUGUCCGGGCUGUCUGGAUGUCUGGACUGAUGGAUAUCUGGACAGUAUGGACUGUGAGGUCUGUCUGGACUGUGCAUGUCUGGACUGUCAGGGUUUUCUGGACUGUCUGGACUGUGUGGACUGUCAGGAUGUCUGGACUGUGUGGAUGUCUGAACUGUCUGCAUGUCUUGGACUGUGUGGACUGUCUGGAUGACUGGAUGUCUGAACUGUCUGCACUUUCUGGAUGUCUGGACUGUCUGGAGUGUCAGUGGUGUGCACUGUGUGUACUGUGAGGUCUGUCUGAAUGUCUGGACUGUGUGGUCUGUCUGCAUGUCUGGGCUGUCUGGAUGUCUGGACUGUCUGGAUGUCUGGACUGUCAGGAUGUCUGGACUGUGUGGACUGUCUGGACUGAUGGAUAUCUGGAUGGUGUGGACUGUGAGGUCUGGACUGUCAGGGUUUUCUGGACAGUCUGGAUGUCUGGACUGUGUGGACUGUGUGGAUGUCUGGACUGUCGGCAUGUCUGGACUGUGUGGACUGUGUAGCUGUCUGGACUGUGUGGAUGUCUGGACUGUGUGGACUGAUGGAUGUGUAAACACUGUCUUUUUUCUCUUCUGUGAUUGAGAUUUUACAAAACAGGGUAAAAUAAAUAUAAAUCAUGUUUAAAUGGUUCAACCAGCUGAGUCCAAAAGGUCCGAGUCCACUUCAAAACACUAAAAAAAUACAUAAAAAAUCCAACAGACUUCAGUUUUGUUUUUCACACAAGGUUUCUGUAUUACACAACAGAUUUAAAAUGAAAAACUGGUGUAAUGUUUGAAGAGUUCUGGAGAGUGGACUCGGGGUUUUGUCCGUGUGUCACUGUGAUUUCAUGACAACUGAAUAAAAUAUUCAACGUUUUGACAAA